CAAGCCUCAAGGGUCUAAGACUACACUGACAAUAAUUGCAGCUCUCCAUUGCAAUGCAGCUCUCGUGUGGUGGCUUGCGCCGAAAUUUGUUGCUGAAGCUAAUACGAGUAUUGUGAACAAAGAGGAAGGUGAUCAGUAGGGAGACACUCUUGGCGGCGGGCCAGGAAAAGAGUUGCUUGGAAUCAGACAGAUUCAACAAUCAGGGGCAUUCACCAGCUGCCAGCCCCUUGGUGCACAAGUGAGGGGAAUCCUCUCGUCAAAUGGCGUUCCAGAACCUCUCAAACCUUCACGAACCUGAGCCGGAGCUCGAGCACUGGUCAAUAAGCUCUGAGAAGAAGGCGGAUUUUCUACGCUCCCUCAAUCCAGGGUCAAAGAUCCAGGAGGUGCAAGUCUUCCCCUUACCAAAGACAGCGCCAAGUGUCAGGUUUGAGAGGGGCCUGAGUAAGGGCCGACACGAGGGGGAGGUGGCAUUGCAAAAUGCAGAGGCACUGAAAACUGCCCCUGCUGCUGAAGCAAUGCAAGGGGAAUAUACGGUGCGGCCCUCGGGGCCUCCCCCCCCUCAGGGGCAAGUGUAUGAGGCCGCGGUUGUUUCUCUCUUCAUGAGGAGCAUUCAGGAGAGCCUGGACGAGCGGUUUGAGGCAGCAGAAGCGCUGAGAAACGCGUUCAAGAUCUCAGAGGAUGUCCACGCUCAGACGCUGCUGAAAGCACAGAAUGCGGCGGAGUAUCACCUGGCAGACCUAGAGGCCCGCAUUGAGGCCCUGUUGAACAACCGUGGCCCGUCCUACACCCCCGCCUCUUUCCCAUCCCCCCAGCUAUACAACAUCUGGCGGGACGAGGAGGUCGCCGCUCUUAAGGCCCUCCAGAACACCACUCGCCAACUCCCCGCAAUGAACGGGACGCUCACAGUCCAACUCAACUCUGGCACAGUAAAGAUCGGGAGCGGCGGGCUCUUUGCGUGUGGGACCCCCCAGUCUGACGGAGACGUGUACAUCUCUGCGAGUGUCUCCAGCACCAAGGGCAUGGGUUUUCGGUGGCGGUCAAAGGCAGUCUCAAAGGCAAAGCUGGUCAGCUGGAACCAGAAGAGUGUCCCGCUCACCGCGACUAACCCGCAGGACGAGCUCGUGUUUGAGCUGUGGGAGAGCAAAGGCCGCCAAGACUCCAAGAUCCGCCGCAUCAGCGAAGAUGAAACUGACGCCAAAUCCCCCUCCUCCCGGGAUCUUGUGGACGAUAAGCUAUUGGGCGAGGGGCGCAUCAGCUUUGGCGAGAUCGAGCGUCUGUCAGGACGUGCGGGGGGCACUGGGGUUAAGGCGACCACCCCCGAAACCGAGAUUGUUUUCACUGCGGCAGGGGGGAAGAGGAAGGGAACCGUGAUGGUGCGCGUUGCAUGGACUGUGGAGAGGCACAGUACGGGAAGGCCAACGGACCCGUCGCUGAUUGCGCUGCUGCCGAAUGCGGAGGCAGUAUACGAUGCGCUGCUGCGUAAGGCGUGGGAGGAGAAGGACCUCCGCUCGGCAGGCUCCCGCUGGAAGUACGAGGUCCCCCCCAUGUGGCAGUACAUCCUGGAGAGCUUCGCUGACCACCACCGCGUGCGCACUGCGCACUGCCACCUGGCGGCCCUUGAUAAGCUGACCAAGGCGUUCCGCACCGACACGGCGUACCUCGACAUCAUAGUCGAUGAAUGGCGCGAGCCGUGCAGGCUGGCGCUUCUGGGGCGGCUGACCAAGGACGAGAACAUGAUGCAGAGCAUCAUCGUGAAAGCGCUCGAGGCCCCUGCCGUGCAGGCCAUUACCAACUUCGACACUGAGUUCCCGCGCAACCAGCCCCCCGGUGCGCUUGCGGCGCUGCUGCAGCUGCUCGGCCUGAUUGUGCGCUUCGACCCCGACCCCAGCAAGCUCGAGCUGCAGCUCGCAGACUGGACCGAGACUGCGAUGCAACGUGCGUUCGCCCGCAUCUUGUUUGGCUCCGCGAACCCGUCCGACAAGCAGCUGACUGUGACGUCAGUCACCGAGCUCACACGCGCGUGCCGUGAGAUCCAGGCGAUGCUCGGGGAGCACGCGACGAUCUACGGCGGGUCGUUCCCACGGAACCUGCCGCUGGUGCAGUUGACCGGAACCUCCCUGUACCGGCAGCUGAUUGACCAUCUCAAAGUGUUCCUGGCCUCAUCGGACACCAAGGCCUUCACCCGGACGUACCAGGACCUGGUGAUUGCGCUCCACGAGCUUAACAUCACGGUGGAUCAGCUGGGGGUUGUUCUGCCCGCCAAGUUCGACAUCCCCGAAUACUUCGACGACUACGUCCUCUCCUGGGCUGCGGGAACCACGUCCCGCCUCGUCGACUGGAUCCACACGAACGUGACCACUGAGAAGUGGGUCCCCGCGUCCCAGUCCAAGGACCGCGUCUUCUUCUCGACGUCAGUCGUAGACCUGUUUUGCCUGCUGGAGCAAGUCGUGCAAGACAUCAACCCGCAGCUGGUCCAACAAGACAUCGGGCACCGCUUCCUGGCCGCCAUGGAAGGUGCCAUGUGCACCGCGGUGGAGGCAUACGUGACGCUCCUCGAGAAGGAGUGCCUCAAGGAGCUGCCGCACGAGGGCGACGAUGACUUGAGCGGGGUGACGUCAGCCAAGAAGAAGGGCGGGCUGGAGGAGCACCGGCCCCCGGUGUGCAUAACGCAGAGCCUCUGCGUCAAGCUGAACAACCUGAGCAUGACGCGCAAGCUGCAGAAGGAGCUCGAGCUGCGCCUCGCAGACGAGUGGUCCGGCGUCGCUGGGCGGCCUCUGCCCAAGACGCCCUAUCCCAAAACGCCGUACGAGCUGGCGCUGGAAGAGAAGAACGUGGAGCGGUAUACCGACGAAGACGACGAUCUUCCGUACAGCGACUCUGACAGCGAGGACCUGGGGUUCAAGGAGGGGGAGUUGGAGGACUUUGCGGCGGUGAAUAAGAGCGCGGGCGGCGAGGCGCGGCCGUUUGUGGGGAAGCACUUUGGGGAGCUAAUAGCGUUUGUGGACCGGGCGUGCCUGGACGUGAUGGGGGCCAUCGUGGAAUGCAUCCAGGCCAACAUGUUGAACGAGCUCCGCACCGCAGUCGUCGGCAAGGGCGGCGCGCUGAGCAUGGAGAAGCGGCUGGUGCCGUUGACCGAGUACUUGGACGAGUACCUGGCCGUCAUGAACGGGCAUUUAAUGCCACACGUGUUCCGGCGCAUGCUCGAGUUCCUGUGGGCUGCUCUCGUGGACUCCAUGGAGGAGAUGGCGCUGCACGCGGAUGACGAGCAGCCGCCGCUGACGCGCCACCAGAAGGACCUCCUGGAACAGGGCCUGGACGUCCUGAGCGACUACUUCCACGGCGACGGCGCUGGCCUCCCCACCGAGACGAUGCAGUCUUCGACCAAAAGGCUGCGACGCAUUCUGACGCUCUUCAAUGCAUCCACGCGCGAGCUGGCGGGGCUUUAUUGGCGCGCGUGGGAGCGCAGGCAGCGGGGUGCGGUCACAAUCAAGGGGGCACCAGGGGGAUCCCCCACUGAGGGAAGCGAGGAGGCACAACAGAACGAGCAGGAUUCCGGCCCCGAGCUAAUAUUUGGCCACGAGGCAGACGGCGGCGAGGAGCUGCUGUCGGUGCUGGAUUACAUGGCGCUACUCAAGCAGCGGCCGCACGACCAGGAGGCCUCCGAGCUGGUCAUGAUGCAGCAGCAGGCCGCCGGGAGCUACACCGUGCAGCAAGUGUUCGGGCUGCCGGAAGGCGAGGUCCUGGCCGCCUCCUUCCGCUGCCACAACUCGCGCAAGCACAAGGGCACGCUGUUCGUGUGCCAGCACUUCGUGGCGUUCAAGACGCUCCUCACUCACACGGGCGACGCGCACAGCAAGCUCGUGCUGCCGCUGGAAAAAGUCGCGCGCCUAGAUAAGCACCGCGCGGGGGGCCUCUACGUUGGGCUGUUCAACCGGCAGCCCGUCAAGUUCGGCGGGUUGAAGAAGCAGCGGGAUGAGGCGUUCGACGCGAUCGUGCAGCAGACGGUGGGUACCGGGUGGUACCUCGAGCGGUACCUGGGGGAGCACAUCCGGGCCCGCACGGGCGCCGCGGCCAAGGAGAUGGAGCUGCGCAGGUACAAAACGUCCCGGUGGAGCCACGUCCAGAACCAGCCGGGCGACCUUAUCUGCUAUGGGACGUACCUGUGUUUUUCGCGCCCGGACCACGACAAGCUGAAGCAGAUACGCUAUGACGACAUCAAGGACAUCAGGGUCGGCCACCGGGGCCUCACGCAGGGGGUCAAGAUCGAGACCCGCGCCGGCAAGCAGUACCUCUUCACCAAGUUUGCGGACGUCCAAGAGCCGACCGUCGUAGCGGAGCUCCGCCGGCUGGUCUUCAACGAGGCGUCCGAAAAGGCUGCGUCCGCACUCCGGCCCAAGCUCAAGCUCCUCACCUUCUCCCAAAAGACGGUGUCCAACUCCUCCAUAGAAUCAAAGGCCCCGGAGAUUUCGUCGGAGCUCGUCGCGGCGGGGGAGAAAGAAGCGCCGGCCGCGGAAACAGGGCCCGGCGAUCUGGACGCCGCCAAAGCCAAGGGCGGCAUGCGCAAGCUGCUCUCGCGGAAGGCUUCCGCGGAGGGCGCGACGUCAGCGGGGGCGGGGGUGACGUCAGCGGUGGCGGCCGAGGCUGGCGGCGGGACCCCGGGGAAGACGUCGAAGCUGCGGAGCUUCGCCAAGUCGGUGACGGGCAAGGCCGGGAAGGGAUCCCCCGCCAAGGCGCCGUCGGAGGCGUUCCUCAAGAGCGAAGAGGCGUACACACCACAAGCUGGGGGGCAGCUGGCCCCCAUGGUGGAACCCCCUGGGGCGGAAGCUGCGACCCCUCCGGGCGGGAAAACGAGCUCCUCCCGCUUUGCUGCUGCCCGGAACCUCGCACGAGGGUUUGCGGGCAAGGGCUCAAAAACGGGCCCGGUUGAGGAAGAGAAAGCCGCGGAGGGUGCGCCCCUGAGUGAGGAACCAGUUACGUUAGAAGUAACCGAGGCAGUGGACGGGAUUGUCGCCCCAGUUGCUGCGCCCGAGCUGGAGACGCCCCCGGUUGUUAGCGAACCGGGCAAGGAAAUGGUGAACGGGGAAAGUGGAAACGGUGGCUCGCCCGCAAUAGCCACGCCAAAGAAGUCGUGGGCGGGGAGUAGGAAAGGUUCUAGUGGCAAGUCACCCAGGUGGCAAGGGUGACGUGGAUGAUACGUGGGUGAAACGGGGAGGUGACGUGGAUUGCUUGAAUGCUGUACAGCGCUGCCUCCGAAAUCGCUGCACAUGCGGCAGUCCAAUGUCGGUCCUAAUAUAGUCGUUAUAGAAAGAGGGUACCUAGCGAGUUACUUUAUGUGUCAGUGUCGUCUAUAGAUACUUCCGGUCGUUUUCGGUCAAUAACUUUCCUCAAUAGGAACAUACGGUUUGCUACUAACAUGCAGUUUGCAGCUGUGUCCACAGAUUCCUAAAUGUGACUGCACAUUGAAACAAGACUCGUCAACGAAGCGAGGUGCAUCGGGUCCUUUUACCUGGAGACACCAACAUUUUGCCACGAACUUAGCUAAGAUGAUGGAGAGUUGACACUACUGUUUUUGGGACUCACUGAUAUCUCGUGAAGAAACGAAGUGCAGCACGUACAUGCUCUCGAGUCGCAAGGCACUGCCGGGGGCCCAGCUAUAGGCAUAACUAUGGUCGAUUUGUGUAGGUUCAUCUACUCAGGAGUGCAUAUCAAAAGACAUUUUAUGCGGCCAUCUGCUAUAUCACCAUAUGGUUUCUUUGGC